AUGGGGCGGGCGCGGUACAUCGCGUGCGCUCUGCUCAUGCUGUGUCCUCUCGCGCUCACAAGGCACGAUGACGACUUCGCAUUCGACAACAGCGAAGAAUUUCUGGUUGAAUUAACAGCUAACCAUUCUGAAAUCGCAAAAAAUGGCCUAAGAAGGUUAUGGGGCGUGCCCGACACAUCGGCCUAUGUGGGACAUCUGUUCCGAAUGGAAAUUCCAAAGGAAGCUUUUUCAGGAAAAGUAGUAGCGUAUAAGGUACGAAGCGAAGAUGGUCGACGCAUGCCUAGUUGGCUGGCCGUGGACUCGAGGCACGGUCUGAUCAGCGGCGUGCCCCAAAAGCAGGACUUAGGCACGCACACGUUCACCGUCACCGCGCACGGAAACACGCGCGGACUUACUGCCACCGACUCUUUUACUAUCGAGGUGAAGAAAGCUCAAGACAGACCUCACUCGAAGUAUGGGUCGUGUGUGGGUGAGGAGAGCCGACUGGUGCUGGUCAUCAUGGUUGACGGCUCCUUCCACAAGGUGGCGCCACGCCAGAGGAUACGAGCGCUCAUGCAGCUCGCUAGCUUCAUGGCGCUUGAUGGGGAUGAGUUCUGGAUGGAGCCAUACAAGGCGGAAGCUCACGCUGAUACCAUCAUGAGUGGCACUGGUUCCUCUCAACGCCGACUCGGGGACGCCACCACUGCCAUCUAUCUUAAUGUGGGUUGCGGCCAAAAGUUAUGGAAUCACCAUAAAGUGUUAGUAGCGGGCCUGCGGGAACAGGCUCGGGACGGCACUCUGGCGCAUGUCCUGAGACUGCCUGUCAUUGGCUGGAGGCUGCAGUCCAUUCAGCCUACACCCAGGAUUAAGCGACAGCUGGACGGUUCAGGCGGCGGCGGCAUCUACGACGCGGAAUACGACGGCGAGGACGACGACGCGGACGCUGACGCCGACUACAGCGGAUACGACGAUAACGAUGACGAGGACGGAUACGCCAACAACGAUGUCGGCAUCACAGACCUGACCGAGAGCGCCGCUCCGCUGCCGACCCCUGCCACACUGCCCCCUCUCUCCCCCUUACCGCCAUCACCAUCACCGUCCCCCUCCCCACCCCCUACAACGAAUCCCCCCACACUUCCCCCAACGAGUGCCCUACCAAGUACCACAGAAGAAGCCCGCGAAGAAACCACUCCUGAGCCCACAACUAAUUCGUAUACCACAGAGCACAAUGAAGUGGGGAUCACCGCACUGUCGGCUUCACCGUCGGAAACAAGCAACGUUAACAUGUCGGUGGCACCAACACUACCUAUAAGCCCCCGACGAUUCGACACCUUAGCUCCAGUCGUCGUUCAAGAAACCACCACCCUAGAACCAGAAUUGCAAACGGUUAUAAUACGCGAGUCGAACGAACUACCACCGAUGUCGUCAUCAACGGAAAGGGAUAAUGUGACGUCAUCGUCACCGUCGCCGUCUCCAUUGCCGGAGUUACCGUCACCGACUACGCCGUACUUUGAACUGACUACUACGCCGAGACCGACGACUACGCCUUCGACUACUCCGACUACACCGACUACUACAAGUCCAGCGCCUACAACUACUUCAUCAACGACGACGAUGGCACCACCACCUCCACCGCCUCCAACCACGACACAAGCACCAGAGACGACUGUACAGGAGGUUACUAAACAGGAAACGAACCCAACAGAGGGUAGAAGUACAAUAAUCGGUCAGACAACAGAGACAGUGACAUGGGCCAUGCCUGUCAACCAGCCGCCCACGCUCAAACACCACAUGAAGAAACUCGCCAUCACCGCUGGCAAGGCCUUCAGGUACAUAAUCCCAGCGGAUCUGUUCACGGAUCCGGAGGAGGGCAGCAACCUGACGUUCACGAUGUACGAGGCAGAGAACGUGCCGCUCAGCAACAACUCCUGGAUACAGUUCAUUCCCGCCGCCAGAGAAGUUUAUGGAUUACCGUUAGAAGCCCACGUAUCUCGCUGGAACUUCAUAGUAGAAGCUCAGGACAGCGAAGGACUGGUAGCUCGCGGGCCCCUCGACAUCACAGUACAACAACACAAGAGUGGCCGCACCAUUAACCACCAGUUCAUUCUAGAAUUUAAACUUCUCAAGGAAUAUAACAACGCCAUUGAUUGGCAAAUCAGAGCGCUAGAGGGCAUUGUUAACCUGUUCAGGGAUACUGAUAUGGAUCACUUGACUGUACUUAACACUACGCAGAAUGGUGACCUGUGUGAAUUUGUGUGGACUAAUGAUACACUGCCUAAGGAUCCUGCCUGUCCUAUGGAUGAUAUUAAUAGGUUGAUGAAGAUAAUGGAGUCGCCUACCGAAGCAGGUAAUCCUUCAGCCAGCCUAGCGCGUGCGAUGCAGCCCGAGCUCAAAGUGGGCGGCGUCAAGUGGCGCGGCGCCGGGCCCUGCGCGCGCGCCGCGCCCGCCACGCGCGCACCCGACACAUACCCGCCCGUCACUCGCAACCAGGUCGACCAUCUCACCGCCACCGUCGGACAUCUGCUCGUAUAUAAAGUGCCCGAGGACACGUUCUUCGACCCUGAAGACGGUGACACUCGCAGCCUGUCUCUAUCCCUCCGGUACAGCGACCGGACCGAGCUGCCUGCAGGGCACUGGUUGCAGUUCGAUGCCAAGAACCAGGAGUUCUACGGAUUACCUGCACCUAGUGACGAGGGCAGUGUGUCUUACCAACUGAUAGCGGAAGACUCAAGCAAAAAGAGCGCUUACGACAGUUUGAUAGUAGAAGUAGCGAAGGCACCCACCAUCAGACCGACGGUGGAGUUCCAGAUGACCAUGGAGUAUCCAUUCCCCAUGCUGGCGUACGAUGCCAAUAACAAGCGCAAAGUGGUUGAGAAACUGGCUGCACUGUUUGGACAGAAGGAGACCGAUAAUAUCAGGAUACAGAGCAUCACCAAUAAUCCUACUACUAUCAUUUGGUAUAACACAAGUCUACCAAUGGACCGAUGCCCUAAAAAGGAGAUCGAGGAACUACGCAAAAUGAUCAUAGUAGACGAGAGAGGCUCAAUGGGGGGUGCCCUCAAAGAAAACGUUGAUCAUGUGUUCGAUAAGGACUUUAAAGUCAUGUCUAUAAGGCUUAUACCUCUUGGAUUAUGCGCUGAACAGAAUACUAAGAUACUUAAGACUUCAAUACAUGUGCCUGGGUUUGGAUCAUCCAACUCGCAGAACAAUAAGGCUAGCAACGCAGCUGAUCCAAAUUAUUUGGUGACUUUCAUCAUCCCGGCCAUUGUGAUAGUGUGUAUGAUUCUGUUGGCUGCGAUCAUCGCGUGUGUGCUGUAUCGGCGGCGGAGGACAGGUAAAAUGAGCGUGGGUGACGAAGAAGAGAGGCAGGCGUUCCGGUCGAAGGGGAUCCCGGUGAUAUUCCAGGACGAGCUGGAGGAGCGAGGCGAGGCCGAGGCGGCGCACAAGAGCCCCGUCAUCAUGCGCGAUGAGAAGCCCCCGCUGCUGCCCCCGGCCCCCGACUACCGCGCCUCGGACGACGCGCCCUACCGCCCGCCGCCCCCGUUCGCGGCGGCCCGUACACCUCAACCCGCACGCCCUAAGGCCACCCCCACCUACAGAAAGCCACCCCCCUACGUACCCCCCUAA